UAGCAAAACAACAACAAUAACAAGUAAAAUUGUGUUAAAAUACAGAAGCGCGUGCUAUAAAUUAAACAAAAAAAAGUUAUAAAUAAAUAAGAAAAAAAAGCAAAAUAUAUAAAAGAAAAGAGAUCAGUGACAUUUGAAAUGUAGAAUUCCUUUAGCAAAUCAAAUAAAACAGCUUUUAGUGCCUUAAAAACAAAAUCAUACAAAUUGAUAUUAUAUAUGCAACAUCAUUUAAACACUUUAAGCAUAUAACCACCACCUGCUGUAAUCAAACAACCAACUGAUCACUAGCCGAGCAGCAACAAUUAAAUUAAAAAUAAAUGGUUUUAGUGCAAAAAAAAGAGAUUUUUUAAAUAAAUAAUAAAAUUAAAUCAACUGACAGAUUCUUUCAACAUUAAAAAAAAACACAUACAAUAACAAUAAUGUCUCAACAUUGAAUUUUAUUUAAUAGAUCAAUCAAAUUCCCCGAAAAAAAAUCAACAAAAUAAAUUCUGUUUAAAUCAUUUACAAAUGAAUCAUUUGCUAUAAAUUCUCUAAAACAACAACAAAAAACAUGAGUUUUUAGAAAAAAAUUGCAUUAAAUUUAUAUUUUUAAAAAAAAUAAGUGAAUAAAUUGUUAAUAUUGUUUUGCUUUAUAAAAAGUGUCUUUUUGUGCAAAAAUGUGGCUGCUUAUGAAAAUAAAUUAGAUUUGUUCUAAAAAAACGGAAAUCUCUAAAGAUCACUAACGGAUUACGGAAACGGAACUUGUUAAAGAGGCAAAGCGUAAAGACAGGCGGGCGAGGUGAAAUUGACCAAGAGGAAAAACGAUUUGGUGGCUGCCACAAAACAACAAAUAAAUUGCAAAAAAAAGUAAAAUGUUUACCUUGGAAAAUUAUAAAAAUUCAAAAAGACGACGGAAUAGAAUACAAUCAAGUGAGAGAAAUGUAUUGUCAGCAACAGCAACAGAGGCUAUACUAGCAACAUCAACAGCUUCCUUAGAAAAAGUGGCAACAACAUUAUCAUUAUCACAAAUAGCAACAGCAACAACAACAAAGACAUUGUCUAUAAAACAAAACAACAACAGACAUCAUACAACAGCCACAACAUCUACAAAAUCUAUAAAAAGUAUUAAAAAUCUCUCUAUGUCUUGUAACAUUUUUCCAUCAACAUCAUUAUCGUCGUCAUCGUCAUCCCUGUUGUCAUCAUUGUGGUCGUUGUCUUCUUGUUCCUCCUCAAUUAUUUCUGGUAAAAUAAUCUCAAGGAAUUUAUGCAGAACCACAAGUAAAACACCAUCUCUAGACACAAAAUCCAUAACUCCAACAGCAACUGCAACAAUUACUACGACAUCAUUAUGGCCACAUGCUGCAAGUAGUACAAGAAGACGAAAUAAUUGUGGUGGUGCUGCUGCUGAUGAUUAUUGUGAUGAUUGUGGUGGUGAUCGACGAUGUCAAAGCCUUAGACGACACAGUCAUAGACGGCAUUUUUUAUUGACUUUGAUGCUGUUACUAGUUGUCUGUGUUGUCAACACUUCAUCAGUAAAGGCUGCUGACAGUUUAACUGGUAUUUUGCAAUCGUGUGCCAAUGAAGGUGAAGAAGUUCAAAUUGCCAUAAAAAAUUCCAAAUGCUUUAAAUGUGCCUGCGAGAAUGGAUUCGUUAAGUGCCAUCAGGAAAGUUGUCCGCCUAUAGAUGAUUGUUAUUUAUUGGAAAAGAAAACCUCCGAUACAUGUUGCAAUAAAUGCAAAGGUUGCAUUUUUCGCGGCAUUCCUUAUGCCAGUGGCUCAGAAUGGACGGACCCUGAAGACCCGUGUAAAUCAUACAAAUGCGUUGGCAGUGUUGUUACCGAAACAAUAAUGAAAUGCUAUACGCAGUGUGAUGACAGUCAAUUGACAAAACCAAAACCGGGAGAAUGUUGUCCAACAUGUCAAGGUUGCAAGAUCAAUGGACAAAUAGUUUUGGAAGGCCAAGAGGUUGUCGCCUCAAUCGAUGAUCGUUGUUUGGUGUGUCAAUGUACGGGUAAUCAAUUAACGUGCGCCAAAAAAACAUGUCCUGUUUUACAGUGUCCCAUUUCGAAACAGAAACUACUACCCAACGAAUGCUGUCCACGUUGUAUGGAACAAAGAGAAUUUAUGCCGCUACCAGGAAAAUGCAUUUUUAAUCACAAAAUUUUCAAUGACAAAAUUCAAUUUAUGCCCGAUCGCUGCACAAAUUGCACUUGUACCAAUGGCACUAGUAUAUGUGAGCGUAAAACCUGUCCCAUACUCGAAUGUUCUCCAGAGUAUCAAGAAAUGGAUGGUUGCUGUCCACGCUGUAUAAUAUCCGAGGUACGCAGUGAAUGCAUUUCGAAUGGCAUUAGUUAUCAAAAUAAUGAAACUUGGAAUUUGGGACCAUGUCGUUCGUGUCGUUGUACAGCGGGUAAUAUACGUUGUUCGGAAAUGCGUUGUCCGGUCAUUAAGUGUCGUUCGAAUGAGGAGUUAAAGGUGUUGCCGGGUGAAUGUUGUUCCAAGUGUAUAGAGACCGCUGGCACUUGUACUGUAUUUGGUGAUCCUCAUUUUAAAACAUUUGAUGGUAAAUUUUAUAGCUUUCAAGGUUCCUGUAAAUAUCUGCUAGCUUCCGAUUGUCGUGAUCAUACGUUUUCCAUACGUUUGACUAAUGAUGGACGUGGUACGAAUACAUCGUCUUGGACUAAAACGGUUACUUUAAAAAUGCGUGGUAUACGUGUUAAUUUGGGUCAAAAGAUGAGAGUUAAGGUAAAUGGUAGUCGAGUGGUGUUGCCUUAUAGCCAGGGAGCCAUUACCAGUAUAGAACGUUUGAAAGAGAGUAUAAUAUUGAAAACUGAGCUGGGUUUGAGUAUAGAAUGGGAUGGUAAUAAUUAUCUACAAAUUAUGGCUCCCUCUUCCUAUAAACGUAGACUGUGUGGCUUGUGUGGUAAUUAUAAUGGUUUGGCGCGUGAUGAUCUGACCAGUCGGGAUGGUGUUAAUCACACUGAGGUAUGGCGUUUUGCCAAUUCCUGGAAAGUUGGUGGUCCCAAGGCUUGUUCACGUAAAAAGGAAAACAUAGCUGUACAACCCAUCUGCAAGCAAAGAAAAACCAAUGCCUUAUGUCGACCUCUGCGCAUAGCCGAAGUCUUUGGCAAUUGUAAUGAUCGUUUAAAUCCCAACAAUUAUAUCGAUUCCUGUAAAAUGGAUGUUUGCGAGUGUCCGGAUGGCAUGUGUCAUUGCGAUAGUUUCGCUGCUUAUGCUCGAGAAUGUCAACGUUUGGGUGUCACUUUGCCUGACUGGCGUUCUUCUACCAUGUGUCCGUAUGGUAUGUGGAAAAGAGAUUUUAAUACCACACUUUAUCUACUCCAGGAUAAUCCCUACUAUGGUGACUUGAGUUUUCUGCGCAAACCUCUGGCCAAUCAAAGGGGUGCGCGUAAGCACAAGAAAGCUCAACAUAAUUAUAAUGAAAUUCAAAGGAAUUUCAUUGACAAACAUGUACCGAAAGUUCUAUUAACAUCAAAGACUCCAGAGCGCACACCACUACCGUUGCAUUGAGAAGAGACAUACAAAUAGUAUAUAUGUAUGUAAGCGUUUUCCCUUUGGGAAGGACAGAAAAAAAGCGUUACGGUUUUGUUAACUAUACUCUAUUGUAAUAAUUUAAAAUUUAAAAGAAAAUAGCUAUAGAUCAAAUUUUUUUAAAAAAUUUCUCUUGCUAUUGUAAGAGAGUAAAGAAAUGACUUUUUAAUACUCUUAAGUUCAUUCAAUUCUGUUAAAACAAUAACAAACGGCUUUCUUUCGUGUGUUUAUAACUCUAGACUAUUUUAAAGUAAACUAAUAAAAAACCUAGAGUCUAUACUUUUAAAGCUUUACAGCAGUGGUUGGCAAAGAGUUCUCGAGCUUUUAAUUCAUUCACUGCUUUAGGAAGAGAAUGUGUGUUAAAUAACAAACCUUCUUCAUUAUUAAGAGAUUAAACUUUUAAACAGUGAUAUGCGAAAAGUUUUUAUAAAAGCUUUUUUUGCAGUCUUGAUUUCUUACAGAUAAAGUCAGAGAGCAAUUUGUUUUACUCCCUGCCUAUUGCUGUUUUAAAAUUUAAAAGUCAUUUCUUUCUCUCUAUAGUUGGAAAACCUCUCUAUAGUUUGAAAAAAGAGAAAUUUUUAAUUUUUUAAUAACCCGUUAUUAAGAGCAUAUUGCUUUUGUUGUAUAUUUCUAUUUUAUAUAUUUUUUAAUUAAGCUUUUAAUUAUUAAGAUUUUUUAUUAGAAAAUAUUUAGUUUAUUUUGUAUAUUUUUCCUGAAAUGGCUCUUAUUUCAUAAACAACAUUCUAAAUGUGAUUCUAGCUUUAUAAACAGAACUAGUAAAGCUUUUUAUUAGCAAAAGCUUGUUAUAAAGCUUUUUCGAAACGAUCUUAAUCUAUUCAUUAUUUUCAUGUUAUUCUUUUUUUACUGUUUCAUGGAACUUUACUAAACUCUCUCUUAACUCUGCUUCUCCUUACCACUCUCGUUUAUUAUUAACACAAAGCUUUUGUAAAGCUUUGCACACUAUUCCUUAAAUAAGAGCCAAUCUUUUAGCUUUUUAUUUGAAACAAAAAACUUAUUUCAAAAUUUGAAAAAAAAAUUCAUAAUCAAAAGAAAUUAAACCUAAAAUAGAUCUCAAUUAUUUUAAAAAUAUUAUUAUUUUUAUAAUUUUAAUUAAAUUUUAGUUAUUGUAUUAGUUACUAAUUAAACAAAAAAUAAUCGCAUGCAAAAAUAACCAUUCAUUUAACAUUUCCAUUUACAUAUACAUACAUAGAACAAUUAAUAGAAAUAUUUUUCACUAAAUUAAAGAUCAAAAUGAUUAAAAAUGUGAAAGUUUUAAAAAAACAGUAAAUCAAUAUAAACCAUCAUUUGUGGUUCAGCUAGUUUAACUUUAGCUAAAUAAAAUAAGAAAAUUUUCCAUUUAAAAGCUAUUUUGGUUAAAUCUUUAUAAAUUUACUCUUAUUCCAAUAUUUUUGAAAAGCUUUAAAAUCUAUCUAGAUUAACUCAAGAUAAGCUGAACAAAAGAAAAAAGAACUUCAACUUUCUUUAAUUAGAAAAAGGAUAUAUGAAAAAUAUCUAAAUGAAACAAAAAGCUUUUAUUAAUUUGUACAAAAAUACUUAAGAGCUUUUUUUUAAAUAUAAUGCAUAAUUCAAUAGUUUAAAAGCUCUUAAAUCAAGCUAGUUUAUCUCAUUUAAAAGCUUUCUCUGUUAAAUCUUUAGAAACUUAUUUUUAUUCUAAUAUUUUGGAAAAGCUUUAAAAUCCAUUUUAGAUUAACUCAAGAUAAACUAAACAGAAGAAAUCAGAUCUUCAUUAAAGAGCUUUCUUGGUAAACUUCAUAUAAACUUGGUUUACUUCAUAUAUGCAAAGCAUCUUAUUUAAAAAAGCUUUUAUUUAUUUUAUUAACUCAACAGUUUAAAAACUUUAAAAUCAAACUAGUUUAUCUCAAGAUAAACUAAACAAAGAAAACACGAUUUUUGGUUUUUAUUGAAAGCUUUCACUCAAAGAUAGAUUAACUCAAUAUAAAGUCAAAAAUUUACUUAAAUCACUUUAAAAGCUUUCCUUAAUUUAAAGCUAAAUAUUUAUAAGAUUUUCUUUCUAAAAAUUUGGCUUAAAUUGAGACUAAAUCAAGUUAGAUAAAACAAAGUGUUUUCGUUGUUUAAAAGCUUUCAGAUCAAGCUAUUUAGUGUUUUGUUGUUUUAAAACUUUCAAAAAAUGGCGUAUUUUCUUCUAUUUUGCAACUUAUAAUAAGUUUCUGUCAACAUAUUUAUUCCAAAUUUCGGAGAGCCUGUUCUGUAGAGGAAUCUGUUCAGAAAGAGAGAGGGCUAGAGUGAACGUUCUACGUCAAUCAAUAAAAGUAAUAGUCGGACUAGCCCAGAUCUACACUCUAAACCGGUUGAGACACAGUUUGCUAUAACUUCUUUCUAAAUAGUUUUUGUAAAGGUAUUGCAACAUGCGACCGAGUAUUACCUUUGUGGAAUAUUUAUUUUUUUUUUCCUACUAAAUAUCUUAAAGACAAAUAUAUUUUGGCUUUGCUGACGAUUCCGCUGGUCUCAUCUGAACGUUGUUCGGCCAAUGUUCCAUUUAAACGUAUCAGUUACAUUCGUUUAAAUAAAAUUUUCGGUUUUCAAAGACUGAUCUUUGUAUUCAAAACCACCACUUCCAAACCAUCUCUAGCUUGUUAAAGCCGAUGCAACAUAUUUAUCAUAAACUUCCGGGAGCAAUCGAUGUACUUCCUUUGAUGAUCUGUCCAGAUUACAACUGCUGAUAGCCCCAGAGAUAUAUUGGCUUUGUUGCUGAUUCAGUUGAUCACGUCAGAUCUUUUACGCUUCGGCGUUAACAUUAUAAAAUAGGAAUUCUUCUUUCAACUCUAAACGUUGUUCGUGCAUUUUCCUUCAAACGGAUCAGUUGCAUUUGGUUAAGGUCUGUCCAGAUUACAACUGCUGCUAAUACAUUGGAUUCUUUUAACGCCAUAGAUAUUUUGAGUUUGUUGUUGAUUCUGCUGUUUAGUCGGGCAUCACAUACGAUCUCUUUUGCUUCAGUCUAUAUUUGUUUAAACUGCAUUUCGGACAAGCGAAAUUUUCUAUCAGGAGCUUUCGAUUUUCAUUCGUAAGGUGCACAAUGUUUAUGUUCCAGGUUGAAAUUCGCUGCUUCCAAUAUAAUUUUUUGAAAUUGCUACUUGAGAAGUUCCUAUUAAGUUUUCAAGCUUUCGUUAAGUUUAAAUGAAAUUCUCGUUUUUCAAAGUUUUUUCAAAGGCCCAGAUGAUUUUUGUAUUUAAAAUCACCAAUUCUGAUCGAUCUCUAGCUUGUUAAAGCAGAUGGAACACAUUUAUUAUAAACUGUUGUGAAUCACGUUUUUGCAAUUAUAUACCCAAAGAUAAAACUCUGAAAAUGUCAUCAUGAUGUGAACACCUCGUUACGUUGUCAAAAUGACAACGAUGCAUGGUCAAAAUCAUUGUAAUGUAGAACGGAGUUAUGAAACUUAAACAAGUUCUAACACAUUUAUAACCAUUAAGCCCAUCAUUUUGAUCUUUUAUUUAGUUUGAUAAUUUAGCAAUUUA